GACUACAACACCGGAAGUGUUAUUGAAACUGCAAGCACGAUUGUUUCGAAAUCACAGAAACGAGUCAGUAGGCUAUAUGUAUUAAAUCAUGUGCUAGUAUUAAACGAUUAUUAAUAACUGACAGGAGUGAUCGUGUGUUUUGUGAAAUAUGUUGUUAUUUUAGUUAGUAAAGCACAAGCGAAAUAGGAUUUAUUGUUUCGUGACUGCUUCGUAGUCAUGGGUCGGAGGGAGUCGGAUGAUAUAGAUCACAGAUCAAAGAGCAGAAACAGAGAAGAUAGAAAAUCAUCCUGCGAUCGAAGAAAACGCAAACGGAGCUCUGAGAACAAGACAAAAAGAAGUCGUGCUUCAUCAUCUUCUAGCUCGUCCUCUUCAUCCAGUCACAGAAAGGUCAAGGAGAAGAAAAAGAAGCUAAAAAGUAGGAGUUCUUCAACAUCAUCUUCAUCCUCAAGCUCCUCAUCCAGUAGUAAAGAGGCCAAGAAGAAGAAAAAGAAGCGCAAAGAGACCAAGAAGAAACUAAAGCGUAAAAAGAAAAAGAACGAGAAAAAAGUCAAGAAGGAGCAAAAGAAGCUUGAAGAAAAAGACCCCAUUCCUCUUGAAAAGCCUCAACCGUACCUGCAGACGUGGCAGUGUGAAGAUCAUGGGCCUGACAUGACUGAUGAACAGAAGGCCAGACUUCAGACCAGGAGACCACUGACAAAGGAAGAAUACGAGGCCAGGCAGAGCGUCAUCCGUCGUGUCCUUGAUCCUGAAACAGGCCGCACCAGGCUUGUAAGAGGAGAUGGGGAAAUUUUAGAAGAGAUCGUCAGCAAGGAACGACACAAAGACAUCAACAAGCAAGCCACAAAGGGAGAUGGUGAUGCCUUUCAGAAGAGAUUAGGGAACAGCAGGUAGCAAGAAGAGCAGCGCUGAUUCUACAGACUUGAGACUGAAACUCCACUUUCUCCUGCUUCAGCAGUUUUAAAGGAAUACAAUUCUUAUUGUCCUAUUUUUCUGUUACGCUUGGACUCAACAUAACAAUGUCAUGGAAAUCUGGUUGUAUUCUUACAUUUUAUUUCAGAUGUUGUGUAAUAAUUAGUAUGUUUAAUGCAUAUUUACAUUAAAACACUGUUUCUCUUCA